AUGGUCAUUGAAAUGGACAAGAGGACCCGGAUGGUGAGCGCCGUGGGGUCUCCAAUGGCGACACCAGAUUGGAGCGACCCAAGAAUUUUUCAUUGCAGAAGGCUGUUGCUUAGUACUGAAAGCAGGAGCCCAUGGGAUGAACUUGCUACUCCUCCGCGGGCGUGGCAUGAAGACACCAAGCGAGAGGAAAAGAUGGAGGCGAGACCGCUUGGUGUGGACAAGCAGGCAUCGAGCACUCAUAUUUCAGGGACUCGAGGGGAGAAGUACGGAAUGUACGGCCUGACGUUCCUUCCUACAAAGCCAAUAGCCGCUGAACCGAAAACAAAGAAGAAGAAGAAGAAGAAGAAGAAGAGCAAGAAGAAGAGGGCCACUCAACCUGUCCAAAGCAUACCAGAGUCAGGACUGGAUGACCAAGCAGAACCGGACCACCAAGCAGAACCGGGCCACCAAGCAGAACCGGACCACCAAGCAGAACUGGACCAGCAAGCAGAACUAGAUGACAAACCACCGCAUCCCGACAUCUUCGACAAGCCUCUCGACAAGACACAUGAAGCCGAUCUUCCGAACAAUUUACUGCUCCCCGAGACCACCACUCCGCCGGUCAAUGAUACUUCAGCUGCCGCACAUCAAAACGAGUUACAGCUCCCGGUGACUAUCACUCGAUGCACCGAUGUUGGAAGGGAUGUUUUGUGCCCUGAAACUCACUCUAGACUUCGCUUACCUACUCUACCCCUCGUUGAUACUCCAACGGUCGCUGCUGCUCAACCCAUCGGAGAUGCUACACCCGUCGGUAAUACUCCAGCGGCCGCGUUCCGGCAAGAAUCGCCGCAGCCGGCGAAUACCCAAGAUGCCAAAACCGUGACAGUCGCCUUUGUUGGCCGUGAAGUCCCCGAGUCCUCAAUCCGAAGACCAAGGCAAAAUGCAGAAACAACGGAGGAGCAAGUAAAGUCGCUUCGCCACCAACUCGAGAAGAAAGAGCGAGAUCUGAAAUCAGCGAAAAACCAAAUGGCAGCUACGGCACGAACAGAGCUCGAUAAGGCGAAAAGGAAACAUGCCGAAGACCUCGAGAAGCUUCGAAAAGAGCUCUCUGGAAAUGUACAACAACUCAAAGCGCAACAUAAACUCGAACAUGACAAACUCCAGGCAGAAAGAGAUCAGAUUGAAGCAGAACGAGAGAAAGACACCACUGAUCUUCGAAAUCUCCGCCACAUCCACGAGAAGUUAAGAGAUGAGUUGAAGACCUUGCAGAACAGCCUAGACACGGAAACCGCAAAAUUCACCAACGCCAAGCUGGAGGCUGAAUGCUUGAGAACCGAAAAGAAUAAGCAGUCUUUGCAGAUUGGACUGCUGAAGACUGAGGUUAGGGAAGGCGCCACAAAGGAACGAGAGCUGGAAGAAAGGUUGGCUGCCGCCGAAGCAAAAUGCACACAACGCCAUCAGAAGAUGUCGGCGUACAGUGCAGAUAAUAUCAAGCUAAGAGACGAAGUGUUUCUAGCUCGCUCUCGGGGAUUCUUACCCACCCAAGAUACCGAGUCUGGUACUGUUGAAUACUGGAGAAGGAAAUACAACAAACUUCGACUCAGGGAGGAAGCAGCCCAAGCCGACAUCAUUGAUCUCAAGAGCGAUAAGGAGGGUUUAGAAAAGGAAAUUAUUCGACUCCGGGGAACAAUUGAAGAAAGCUGCACACAAUUGUCGGAAGCUACGAGGGAGAAUGUCGAGCUAGGCGAGAAAAGCUCACAACUGCGCACAAAGGUUUCGGAAUUGGAGAUGGAAGUCUCAGCACUCAAGGAGGACAGCGAGAUCAAAGCACCUCUUAUUCAGCUAGCAGUAGACAUCCGACUUCGAUACCUUGUAUUUGCAAGAGAAACUGCUCUGAAAAUUACCCGCAGCAAUGCUGACAGAGUAGUCAUUAUGAACGGAAAUACCGCAGCCCACCGUGCAAAUGGCGCCCUUGACGCGGCAGUUUUCAAGGCUGGGCUGGUCCCGGAUUGCUACCUGGCCGUGGCAUCUCACAUUUUCGAGCACCUGUAUCUAGCUUCGCCUGCCGAGUACAGGCUUUUAGGGUGGACUUCCAAGAUACAGAGGAUCCAAAACUGUACAGCUACCCUGAAGUCUUUGAAGCCGGGAAACACCUUCAAGCAAUCUGAACCAGAGCGAGAAGAGUAUGAGAAGAUUCGGCAGACGUUGGUUGCUCUUGUGGCUCCGAUGAGCGGGGAGGAGAUUGAAUCUAACCAAGAGAUUCACAAAUUGGUUCAGAAGCUGGAGUAUUUGACGGAUCAGAUUGUGGAGAGGGAUAGAUCAAAGAUUCUUCUACGUCGGCCGGCGAAUGUUCCGAGGGGUGAUACUUCUGAGAGUUCAUGUUCCGGAUCCGUCCCCAUGGGUCGGAUGGGGAACCAGGUUGACAAGCGUUAGUAGUUUCGAGAAGUGGAAUUGCGAUAGAGAGUGUACAUAAAACUGGACAAUGGAA